UUGCUGGUUUCAGCUUUCAGCUAAGCCACAGCCAUUGUCACAGCCAAGCUUUAUCGGCUUCGCUUCCAAUUCCAAGUCCAAAGCCAAUCCCAUAUUUCUCUGUGUGACACACUCACAGCAGCAAAAAGAAUGUUAUCCUCGUGUAGUACACCUCCCAAUGCCAGUCUUGUAAAUGCUUUAAGCUUCUCUUCCUUUACAUCCCAGGCUCAUUCAAACAGGGUCAAAAUGUCGUCAGAUUCGCAUCCUCAUCUUCCUGAAAGUCGCAUCGUUGUGGGUGUUGGUGGUAUUUCGGUAGAUUUCUUGGCUACAGUGGCUGCUUAUCCAAAGCCCGACGACAAGAUUAGAAGCACCAGUUUGAAGGUUGGAGGAGGUGGAAACGCAGGGAAUGCGUUGACUUGUGCAUCUCGGUUGGGUUUAAAUGCAAGGCUGAUUACAAAGGUUGCUGAUGAUUCACAAGGAAAGGGAAUACUCGACGAGCUCCAAGCUGACGGCGUUGAUACUUCUUUUAUGGUGGUCUCCGAGGGUGGUAAUUCACCAUUUACUUAUGUCAUUGUUGAUGAACAAACGAAGACUCGUACUUGUAUUAACACCCCUGGAUAUCCUCCCAUGAUACCUGACGAGCUUUCCCAGUCAAGUUUAUCAUCUGCACUGGAUGGAGCAAGAAUUGUCUAUUCUGAUGUACGGUUGCAUGAAACUGCUUUAGUUAUUGCCCAGGAGGCGCUUCGUAGAAAUAUACCUAUUUUAAUUGAUUCGGAAAGGAAAAGGGAAGGGUUGGAUGAUCUUCUGAAAUUGGCUAGUUAUGUAGUGUGCUCGGCAAAAUUUCCACAGGCAUGGACUGAAGCACCAUCUGUUCCAAGUGCACUUGUUUCCAUCCUUUUGAGAUUGCCAAAUAUCAAAUUUGUGAUUGUAACAUUGGGUGAAGAUGGAUGCAUAAUGCUUGAGAGAAGUGCCAACGAGGAUCCUCAGACAGAAGAAAUUGAUGUAGACAGCUUGUUAGAAUUGCUGAAGCAGCAAAAGGACGAUAACACAGCCAUCCCAACAUGUGUUUCGUCGUCAGUGACAAAGUUAAGAGCUAACAAGUUUGGGACAGUGCACGGAAGGUUGAUUGUGGGAACAGCUGAGAAGAUACCACCUUCUGAACUCGUUGAUACAACUGGUGCUGGAGAUGCUUUUAUUGGAGCAGUCCUUUAUGCUAUUUGCACCAACAUGCCAGCUGAGAAAAUGUUGCCAUUUGCUGCUCAAGUGGCUGCCGCCUGCUGUAGGGGUUUGGGUGCUCGAACUGCACUUCCGCAUGGCACAGAUCCACGUCUGGCAUCAUUCUUAAGUUGAUUUUUGGGGAAAUAAUACCUCAUUUUCAGCUCUUUCAUCACACAAAUUUUUAUAAUGGUUUUUGUAAAUAUUUUGUAACCUUGGCCAUUUUUAUGUCCCUUGUAGAGAACUGUUCAAAACACUAAUAAAAGUUCAAUUUAUUA